UAGCCAAUUUUUUCUUGCAAAUUCAGAGCAACUUCGCCAAGCCUUGCAAAGAUGGAUGGCACCACUUCGAAGGCUCUUGCUAUUUCUUCAGCUUCACGGAAGGCAACUGGUCGCAAGGGCGCCAGGAGUGCCAGGAGAUGGGAGGUGACUACGUCAAGAUAGAUAACACCAGAGAAUGGAAUUUUGUCGCAAGCCACGUAUCGGGGAACUCAUAUGUAGGCCUAACUGACGCAGAGGAGGAAGGAACCUACAAGUGGAUUUCAGACGGGACAGUUCACAGUGACUGGCAAGUUUCUUGGUGGCAUCGCGGUCAACCAGACAACCACAACGGAGGAGAGAACUGUAUCCACUACUGGCUCAUUUACGAGAAACUUCUCUGGAAUGAUGCCUGGUGCAAGGACAGAAUGAGACACAUCUGUGAAAUGAAGGCGUCGGACGUUGUGGCAUAAGGCUGAAUGCACAGCAACCUUCCUUCAGAGUUAAGUAGGAAAGAAAGACAAGAAGGUGGAUGCUGUCAAAUCUGAACACCGGCAGUCAAAAUAACGCUAAUGAUUUUCCCUGUCUGGUAGUCGUUACGUCCAGUGCGUUUUGAUGGAAGGGAACUCGCCUUGGAAACAUCUACUUUUAAUUGGCCUGUGUAAAACUUCAUCGUUAAUUCUUAAAUAAAAUUCAUCAUAGCUAUACUUGGAAGAGAUGCCGAUUCCUAAGAAUUACUCUUCGAUUCAAUUACUUUCGGUCUUGUCUUAAAAUAAAACCCAAGACAAUUA